AUGAGCCUCAACCUCCCACAUAUAUACUUGCUCCCUACCAACCUCAAACCCGAGGAGCUCCACUCUCUGGAGAGCAAAGUCCCAUCUCUCACAUCGGACACGCACGAGGCAGAAGUGAUUGUGGGGAGGAUCACGCGCCGAGAGCGUGCACUGUUCGAGCUUCGACGGCUGAAGCUGUCGACUAAAGAGAAGACUUCAGCUGCUACACCGAAGCAACAAGAACAGAGCAAUGAUGGCACACCUCCGACUAAGCGCCGAAGAGUCUCGGCAUCGGGGGCGGCAUCGGGGAGUGAUGAUGAUGCCACGGUCAAGGUCGUCAAGCUGCAGUGGCUGACGGACUCUCUCGAGCAAGGUGUCGUCCUCCCUGUGGCUGAAUAUCUCCUCUUUGAAGGGAAGAGGCAGAAGAAACCACAGCCCCAGGCCCUUGCCGUUUCCUUGGCAUCGGAUCACCCUGCAAGCCCCAGCAGCCCCGUGACUGGACGUCGAGAAACGGAGUUGGCGCCCUCGUCAUCCGAGGCAUGCCCAUCGUCCCAUCCCCGUGUAUCUGGACACCAGGAAAGAGCUCUGGUGGUCUCAUCAUCUCCCCGGACAAGCCGUCCACCGCCGUCUCUUGUCCAUGAGACAACAUCAGAGCAUGACACUCCGCUCCCGCCGGUGCCAGACUACCUGCAUACGACUUACUCGUGUCAGCGGCCAACGCCGGUCGACACGCCUAAUGCGGCCUUCAUAGAGCAAAUGAAGAAGCUGCGGACGAUUCGCGUCCUGGAGGGUGAUGGGAUUGGGGUGAGGGCGUACUCCACGUCGAUUGCCACGGUUGCAGCGUACCCUCACCACGUGCGUAGUUCUUUUGAGAUCUUGAGGCUGCCGGGGUGCGGUCCCAAGAUUGCCGAUCUCUUCCAGCAGUGGAAAGAGACGGGAAGGCUCAGGGAGGUCGCAGAGGCUGAAGCCGACGCGAGGAUGUCGACACUGAAGCUGUUCUAUGGAAUAUGGGGCGUCGGAGAUACGACAGCCCGCGACUUUUACAACAAAGGGUGGCGGGACUUGGACGAUCUCGUCGUAAACGCCUGGCGGACACUCAGCCGCGUGCAGCAGAUUGGGGUCAAAUACUACGACGAGCUGCAGCUCAAGAUACCGCGGAGCGAGGUGGAGCGCAUCGGCAACACCAUACUAUCCGAGGCGCACAAACUGGACAGCGGUUACCAGGCAACCAUUGUCGGGAGUUAUCGACGGGGCAAGGCACAAAGUGGUGACGUCGACAUCAUCAUCAGCCACCAGGACGAGAGGCGGACAUGGAGACUUGUCGAGAAGCUGGUUGCCGGCCUCGAGAAGUCAAAGCACAUAACGCACACGCUGACGCUCAGCACGGCCAAUAGCGAGAGAGGGCAGGUCCCCCUGCCGUGGAAGGGCGGCGGCGGUGGCGGAGCUUACGCUGGUACCACUGCUGAUGGCACAUCACCGUCCGGCCCAGGAUUCGACACGCUCGACAAGGCGCUGGUGGUUUGGCAAGACCCAGACAGCUCCGACGACGCGCCAGCGCCGCACCGCAGGGUCGACAUCAUUGUCAGCCCGUGGAAGACGGUCGGGUGCACGGUGCUGGGUUGGACGGGAGGAACUACGUUUCAGAGGGAUUUGAGACGGUACUGCAAGCGAAGGGGACUCAAGUUUGACAGCAGUGGGGUGCGGCGUCGCUCCAGUGGAGCGUGGGUAGAUCUAGAAAAGGCACGACAGGAUGCUUCUUCUGUUGCGCCGGACAUGGAGUCAGCAGAGAAGCGUGUAUUCCACGGUCUUGGACUCGCUUGGAGGGAUCCACAUGAUCGCUGUACAGGCUGA